UUAUAAUUCUUAUAAUUUACGAUUUUAUCCUCUAAUUUUACUGUAGGUUGCCUAUCUGACUAUCAGCUGUCAAACACUUAAAUAUUUUUCUGUGUCGCUGCUGUCAUGUUGUCAUUUAUUCGCUGUCAGUUGACUUCAGCUGUCGGUUUCACGAAAAUUCGGCAAAAUCUAGCCGAAAUUAAAAAUAUACAUCCGAUAUUUACAAGAACAAUAACGAUGGCCAAUGAAGGAAUUUCGCCACAGGAGAUCGAGGCUCUUUGCCAGACCCCAGACCCCUCAACCAGGGACUUCAUGUUCCAACAAACUAUGUACCGUAUCAAGGACCCUCGCAAAUCCAUCCCCUUCUACACCGGAGUGCUUGGCAUGAGUCUACUCAAGCAGCUUCACUUCCCGGAGAUGAAGUUCUCAUUGUUCUUCAUGGGGUAUGAGAACCCUGCUGAGAUACCGUCCGAUGAGGCCACUAGGACUGCUUGGGCUAUGACCAGAAAGGCUACUUUGGAGUUGACAUAUAACUGGGGCACAGAGAGUGAUGACUCCAGCUACCACAACGGUAACUCAGAUCCCAGAGGAUUUGGUCACAUCGGUAUACUAGUAAGGAAUGUGGACGAAGCUUGUGCCAGGUUUGAACAGCAAGGCGUGAAGUUCAUCAAGCGUCCAAAUGAUGGUAAGAUGAAGGGGCUGGCCUUCAUCCAGGAUCCUGACGGCUACUGGAUCGAGAUCUUUGCCAGCAAUGUUGUUUAACACCAGAAUUACUAAUCACCGUCAUUAUCACCAUGUUUGGUACAGUGUAUGGUUCAAUUACUUAGUUAUGUAGAAAAUUAGGAAUACAGCACAUACACGCGCACGGACACACACACAUACACACACUAUUGUUAUUAUUAUUAAAAACA